AUGGCUUCAGUGUUGCUCGUCCCGAGAAAAAAAAAAAAAAAAAAGGCCUGGCCCACAGAAAACCCGAAAUGCGUGGAUGCAUUCAUAUCGACGGCCGCCGGUGUACUCGAGACGCCGCCUGCAGAGGAUUUCCCGGUUGCAGUCGCUCAUCUCAAGUCUCACGGCAAUCCUCGCAUCAAAAACAUGUGGCUAACCUUUGUCUCUAUUCGUUGCCGUGCGAGAUCACCCAUUGGAGAUGGUCUCAGCUACAGCCCCGCCAUCCGCUUGCAGCAGCUCCAACAGCCCUCCUUUGCACAGCAUGGCGGACUCGUCGAGACACAGAUUCAGACCAGAGCUUCGAUCCUCCCAGGCUCACAAUGUGCGACCUCAUUCCCCACCCGUUGUCUUCUCGUUAGACAGGAUCGUAAGCAUGUGCCUCCGUCGUCUGCCUGCAGUGUGAGCUGCUAG